AUGGAAGAGAAAUAUCGUCACAAUAAAGGGGGAAAUGGCGAUACGAUGAACUCGAACCCAAACAUCAUAACAAAUCCAAAAGAGGAAAAUACCAAAUUUGUGUACUUCCUGUCAUGCUUCGCGACUAUUGGAGGUCUGAUAUUUGGAUACGACACAGGAAUCGUGUCCGGUGCCAUGCUGCUAAUAAAACCUUUCUUCGACUUGAACACAAUAUGGACAGAGAUAAUAGUUAGUGGCACCAUCGGUGCGGCCGCGCUGUUUUCUCUUGUAGCUGGUUUCACCACGGAUUUCUUUGGCCGAAAGAAAACCAUCAUGGCUGCCAGUUUUGUGUUUACGGGAGGAGCUAUUCUCAUGGCGCUUUCACCAUCCAAAGAGAUCUUGCUGGUGGGCAGGAUAAUUGUGGGAAUGGGUAUAGGAUUUGCCUCCAUGACAGUUCCGAUGUAUGUAGCGGAAGUUGCGCCAGCUCAGAUCAGAGGUCGCCUGGUGACCUUGAAUCAGCUUUUCAUCACCAUUGGUAUCGUCAUCUCAGUACUCAUUGCUGGGGGAUUCAGUGAAAUGAAACCAGACGGCUGGAGGUAUAUGCUUGGGUUAGCAGGCGUACCUUCACUGAUCCAGUUCUGUGGAUUUUUCUUCCUCCCUGAGACUCCUCGUUGGCUUGUGAGCAAGGGACGAGAUGUCGAGGCGCGUGCCGUGCUCGUGAAGAUACGAGGAACCGAUGACGUCACGAGAGAACUCGACGACAUAAGAACAGCCAUAAAUCGUGAUAAGCAAUUAGAUCAGGGUUGCACUCUGGGUAAAGUGUGCGGCACUCCACACGUGAUGAAGGCGCUCUUCGUUGGAUCAGGACUGCAGCUCUUUGGGCAGCUUUGUGGGAUAAACACUGUGGUAUUUAUAGACAAAUUUGACUGUUCACAAAUAAACACCAUUGUCAGAAUGUGCCAUUGUGUAAGGGUCUGCAACGAUUGCAUCAAAGACAGUCGCUGCGGCUUCUGUUACGACGACAUUGCCAAUGGAACGUGUCUACAGGCGCAACCCAGCCACAAAGAGGAACGAGCGCAAUAUGACCGUUGCAACGCAACUGUUUCCGCUACCGGCAUGCACUGGGCCCAAGGGUACUGUCCAACAGACUAUUCCUGGAUGGCUAUUCUAAGACUGGCUCUGUUUGUCGUUACGUUUGCACCAGGUGUUUGGGGACCAAUGCCAUGGACCAUAAACUCUGAAAUCUACCCUUUGUGGGCGCGUGGGACGUGCAUUGCCAUGGCAACUGCUGUUAACUGGAUUUUUAACCUUGUAGUGUCCUUCAGUUUUCUCACAUAAGAAACAAUCACAACAUACGGUACGUUUUGGCUGUUCGCAUGCAUUUGUUUAGUUGGGAUGAUCUUCACGUUGAUUUUCGUGCCCGAGACGAAGAACAAGACUCUGGAGGAAGUCCAGUUACUGUUCAUGACAAAGACGGCCCGCGAGUCAGCAGGCGCUCAGUGUGUACGAUGUGGAGGUGUCCGGGGUAGACAAUGUCGCUCAAAACGAUGUGGCUCACAGUAAUGUCCACAAGUCGGAAGAUACCAGAAUGUAACAUAUACCAUGUAACAUGUAAUAUAUAUAUAUAACACAAAAAAAGUUUAUCAAUUGGGUACUACUGUAUUGCACUGCAUUCAAUG